AUGUCAGCGUCUAACACCAAAGAACGUAAGCCUGCUCGUACAAAUACUUCACCUCCGGACGCAGGCCAGCCUGAAUUCCGAGAUUACAAGGCUGCAAAAGCAGCUUUAUUGUCUUCUCUUUCAAUUUCAUCUAAAACUCAGCCAGAAAUCAAUGUCAUUUCUGACAUAGACACCCAGGAUAAUAAAAGUUUGUCUGCUAAUGAAAAUAAGGAGCAAGAACGACCUCCACGAAAGCUUUCUCCAGCUUUUAAACAAGAAGAAAUUGAUAACACCAACGAAGAAACCAAAAUCCCUGCAAAUGGAAAAAAUCACUUCAAAGGCGGUUUGUCUACUAUUGAAGAGGAUAUUACUUCACAUGAAUACACACCAAUGGGGACUGGGUCUACUUUUUCCCAGAUUUCUGUUGCAAAAGCAAAAAUAAGAUAUAGUGAAGAUGAUAUAAGAAAGGCAGGCGAUGAGGAUUUAUCCUGGGUCUUGCCUAUUCAAAUUGUAAGAAUAAGGAGACGAAAUGAGCCAAAGCCAGAGAGGCGGGUUUUAGGUAACACUAAUUACAAAUUUAAUUGGCGCGCAGAAGAAGACGAGACACAGAAAAAGAUCAGGCAGGGUGCACUUGAGAACACAAAGAAAAUCAACACAGAAAAAUCAACAAAAGAGAAAAAGCUUUGUGACAUUAAAAUAAUUUUGAAUAAGCUGACUAUGAGAAAUUUUGAUAAGCUGAAAACUGAAUUAUUUGAAAUUUCUAAAUUGGAUGAGGAAUAUUUAGAGGCUUUAGCAGACGCAAUUUUCCAAAAAGCUUGCUUUGAGAAAAAAUAUGUUGGAAUGUAUGCAGACCUGUGCAAAUAUCUGACUGAUGCGUACUUGGAUUUUCAGCUAGCAGGAGGAAAGGUGGAGUCUUCAAAGAGAACACAAGAUAGUUUGUUUAGAAAAAUGCUGCUGAAUGUUUGCCAAGAAUCUUUUGAAGAAAUGUGAAUGAGUGAGGCAGACCAUAAAGGGGAUUCUGCUUAUAAAGUAAAAAGCCUUGGGAUGGUAAGAUUUAUUGGUGAGCUAUUUAAGGCUGGAUUUAUACCUCCUAAAGUAAUUUUUAUGUGCCUUAUGGAAUUGAUAAGCCCGAAUUUUAAAGAGACAUUUAAAAAUCCUGAUUUUGUUAGUUUGGUCCUUAAUGAUGACAAAUUAGAAGGAGCUGUUUUGAUGCUAACAGCUGGAGGUGCUGCUUAUGAAAAUGAAAAGUAUGUAUCCAAAACAAACGCGGUAGUUAAUACUCUUACUUCUCGAUUCUUUAUUGAAGACAAAUGUUUGAUCUAAUUGGAGUUCUGAAAAAUUAUAUAUUAGAUAACUCAUAUAAUUUUAGAGAAUUACGUUAAAUUACUUCUGCCUUCUAAGUGGCUGUCCAAAUUUUUUAAAAUUUUUUCAUUCUUCAAUGUCUUUUGGAGGAAUUCCUCCCUGGAUCAACUCUUCUUCGUGGUUUUCGAUAUCUUGUUUUCUGUUAUUUCAAUUUCCUUAUAAUUUAUCUCUUGGAUUAGAGCUUGACGUGAUAUAAUGCAUUCCACACCAUGAAGUAUGCAAAAUCCACAUUUUUAAUGUAGAUCGACAAGCCAAGCUUGACUCCAAGAGUGAUUUUUUUUAUAAAAUAAGAAAAAUUGUGAAAAAGACUAUAUUAAAAAUUUCUCCACAAGAGUCGCUCUAUCAAGAAUGAGGGAGGAUUUAAAGAAAUAAUGGACCGUGGUCUAACGGCAAAUUCAAGAGUGAAGUUCUUGAUUUUGGUAAAAAUUAUUUAGGACAUGCUUGAAUUGAGAGCCUGUGGCUGGCAGGAUAAAUUAAUUGAAUCGCCUACUAUAAUUACUAAUUAA